CACAGCAAGAGGCAUUGAGUGACAUCGUCCAGAAAGAGACAAAAACUGGGAAACACUCUGAGGAAGAAAAACCAGUCACAUCUAAAAGUGAUAAAACAGGAUUUCAGGUUGUGAAUGAAGGAGAAAAAGAAAAACUUCCACUCAUUUCAGUUAAAGAAGAAGAGAAUAAUGCUGACAAAACAGAAGAAAAGAGUGAGACUGAAGAUGAGAUUGUGACAGAACCAGAGCCAGUAAAAGACAUCGUCUCUGCAGCAGGAAAAUGUGAAAUGAAGGAAACAGAUCUACCUGUGAUUCUAAAAGAAGAAGAAACAAACCAAGAGCAGGAACAGGGACAAAGACGAGAAACAAAUGAUGGAGACGAGAAUGAACAGAAGACAGUGAAACUAGUUAGAGACGAUUCAGGACUUUCAAUACAAACAAAACACAUCAACACUGAUCAGAAGUUAGAGAGGGAAGAGACACAGCAAGAGGCAUUGAGUGACAUCGUCCAGAAAGAGACAAAAACUGGGAAACACUCUGAGGAAGAAAAACCAGUCACAUCUAAAAGUGAUAAAACAGGAUUUCAGGUUGUGAAUGAAGGAGAAAAAGAAAAACUUCCACUCAUUUCAGUUAAAGAAGAAGAGAAUAAUGCUGACAAAACAGAAGAAAAGAGUGAGACUGAAGAUGAGAUUGUGACAGAACCAGAGCCAGUAAAAGACAUCGUCUCUGCAGCAGGAAAACGUGAAAUGAAGGAAACAAAUCUACCUGAGAUUCUAAAAGAAGAAGAAACAAACCAAGAGCAGGAACAGGGACAAAGACGAGAAACAAAUGAUGGAGACGAGAAUGAACAGAAGACAGUGAAACUAGUUAGAGACGAUUCAGGACUUUCAAUAGAAACAAAACACAUCAACACUGAUCAGAAGUUAGAGAGGGAAGAGACACAGCAAGAGGCAUUGAGUGACAUCGUCCAGAAAGAGACAAAAACUGGGAAACACUCUGAGGAAGAAAAACCAGUCACAUCUAAAAGUGAUAAAACAGGAUUUCAGGUUGUGAAUGAAGGAGAAAAAGAAAAACUUCCACUCAUUUCAGUUAAAGAAGAAGAGAAUAAUGCUGACAAAACAGAAGAAAAGAGUGAGACUGAAGAUGAGAUUGUGACAGAACCAGAGCCAGUAAAAGACAUCGUCUCUGCAGCAGGAAAACGUGAAAUGAAGGAAACAGAUCUACCUGUGAUUCUAAAAGAAGAAACAAACCAAGAGCAGGAACAGGGACGAUGGAGACGAGAAACAAAUGAUGGAGACGAGAAUGAACAGAAGACAGUGAAACUAGUUAGAGACGAUUCAGGACUUUCAAUACAAACAAAACACAUCAACACUGAUCAGAAGAUGGAGAGGGAAGAGACACAGCAAGAGGCAUUGAGAGAUGAAGACGAGAAAGAGACAAAAACUGGGAAACACUCUGAGGAAGAAAAACCAGUCACAUCUAAAAGUGAUAAAACAGGAUUUCAGGUUGUGAAUGAAGGAGAAAAAGAAAAACUUCCACUCAUUUCAGUUAAAGAAGAAGAGAACAAUGCUGACAAAACAGAAGAAAAGAGUGAGACUGAAGAUGAGAUUGUGACAGAACCAGAGCCAGUAAAAGACAUCGUCUCUGCAGCAGGAAAACGUGAAAUGAAGGAAACAGAUCUACCCGUGAUUCUAAAAGAAGAAACAAACCAAGAGCAGGAACAGGGACAAAGACGAGAAACAAAUGAUGGAGACGAGAAUGAACAGAAGACAGUGAAACUAGUUAGAGACGAUUCAGGACUUUCAAUACAAAUAAAACACAUCAACACUGAUCAGAAGAUGGAGAGGGAAGAGACACAGCAAGAGGCAGUGAGAGAUGAAGACGAGAAAGAGACAAAAACUGGGAAACACUCUGAGGAAGAAAAACCAGUCACAUCUAAAAGUGAUAAAACAGGAUUUCAGGUUGUGAAUGAAGGAGAAAAAGAAAAACUUCCACUCAUUUCAGUUAAAGAAGAAGAGAAUAAUGCUGACAAAACAGAAGAAAAGAGUGAGGCUGAAGAUGAGAUUGUGACAGAACCAGAGCCAGUAAAAGACAUCGUCUCUGCAGCAGGAAAACUUGAAAUGAAGGAAACAGAUCUACCUGUGAUUCUAAAAGAAGAAGAAACAAACCAAGAGCAGGAACAGGGACAAAGACGAGAAACAAAUGAUGGAGACGAGAGUAAAGAGGAGACAGUGAAACCAGUUAGAGACGAUUCAGGACUUUCAAUACAAAUAAAACACAAUAACACCGAUCAGAAGUUAGAGAGGGAAGAGACACAGCAAGAGGCAUUGAGUGACAUCGUCCAGAAAGAGACAAAAACUGGGAAACACUCUGAGGAAGAAAAACCAGUCACAUCUAAAAGUGAUAAAACAGGAUUUCAGGUUGUGAAUGAAGGAGAAAAAGAAAAACUUCCACUCAUUUCAGUUAAAGAAGAAGAGAAUAAUGCUGACAAAACAGAAGAAAAGAGUGAGACUGAAGAUGAGAUUGUGACAGAACCAGAGCCAGUAAAAGACAUCGUCUCUGCAGCAGGAAAACGUGAAAUGAAGGAAACAGAUCUACCCGUGAUUCUAAAAGAAGAAACAAACCAAGAGCAGGAACAGGGACAAAGACGAGAAACAAAUGAUGGAGACGAGAAUGAACAGAAGACAGUGAAACUAGUUAGAGACGAUUCAGGACUUUCAAUACAAACAAAAUACAUCAACACUGAUCAGAAGAUGGAGAGGGAAGAGACACAGCAAGAGGCAGUAAGAGAUGAAGACGAGAAAGAGACAAAAACUGGGAAACACUCUGAGGAAGAAAAACCAGUCACAUCUAAAAGUGAUAAAAUAGGAUUUCAGGUUGUGAAUGAAGGAGAAAAAGAAAAACUUCCACUCAUUUCAGUUAAAGAAGAAGAGAAUAAUGCUGACAAAACAGGAGAAAAGAGUGAGACUGAAGAUGAGAUUGUGACAGAACCAGAGCCAGUAAAAGACAUCGUCUCUGCAGCAGGAGAACGUCAAACGAAGGAAACAGAUCUACCUGUGAUUCAAAAAGAAGAAGAAACAAACCAAGAGCAGGAACAGGGACAAAGACGAGAAACAAAUGAUGGAGACGAGAGUAAAGAGGAGACAGUGAAACCAGUUAGAGACGAUUCAGGACUUUCAAUACAAAUAAAACACAUCAACACUGAUCAGAAGAUGGAGAGGGAAGAGACACAGAAAGCGGCAGUGAGUGAAGAAGACGAGAAAGAGACAAAAACUGAGAAGGAGAUACCAAAGACAGAGGAUAACAGGGGAACAAGGUGUCAGCUAAUGUGAAAGGUACAGAGAUGUCAGAAUUUGAAAAACAUCAAGAUGAAACAGGAAGAAAGAACCAAGAGGUUUUAGCAGACAAAGACGUUCAGACAGAGAAACACCAGGGAGAAAAAUCUGAACCAGAUCAGAACGAAACCAAAUACCAGCCAGCAGAAUCAAAAGAGGGUGUAGGGGUUGAGAUUAAACAAAGACAAGAAGAGAGGCAGGAAGCUGGUCUACAAGAGGACAAUGAUACAACUCAAAGGAAGUCUGUGGAGAUACUAAACCAAG